AUGAUUAAGGUGGCUUUGAAGAAAGCUUCUGACUCAAUUGAAUGGGAUUUUCUAAAGAAUGAUCUUCAAGAGCUCAGCUUCCCUCAGAUUUUUAUUGCUUGGAUCUGGAAAUGUGUAACUUCUGUCUCAUACUCUAUUCUCAUCAAUGGUAUGCCUGCCCCUCCAUUUGAAGCAAAGAAAUGUUUGAGACAAGAUGAUCAUAUGUCCCCCUUUCUUUUUGCUAUUGCUAUGGAAUACCUAUCCAGAUGUCUCUAUGAGCUUAGCUUGAACCCUAAUUUCAAUUUUCACCCUAGAUGUGAAAAACUUUGCCUAACUCAUAUGAUGUUUGCUAAUGAUUUGCUUAUGUUCUCUAGAGCUGACAGUGAGUAUGUUAAGCUUCUUUUUCAUGCCUUUUCUAAGUUUUCCAAAGCUUUAGGUCUUCUUGCUAAUCUUGAUAAAAGUGAAGUCUAUUUUGGUGGUGUUUCUGUUGAUAUUCAGACUGAGCUUAGAGAUCUUCUUGGGGUCUCUCAGGGCUCUAUUCCCUUCAAGUAUCUUGGUGUGCCCCUUUCCUCUAAGAAGCUUACUAUUUCUCAUUGUAAGCCUCUAGUUGAAAAGGUUACUGCAAGAAUCCAAGGGUGGAUGGCUAGACACCUUUCUUAUGCUGGGAGGAUUCAGUUAAUUAAGAGUGUUCUUUUUGGCAUUCAGACAUACUGGGCUCAAAUUUUCAUUUAG